GGUAGACGACGCUCGCAGCUGGCAGCACCGGUAACACGCCGCUCAUAGCAUACCCCCGCGUCUCCUCGCAAUCCUCGCUCGUGCCAGUUUUGCGUCGAGACGGCUCGAGGCUGUGUCGUACACGACAGAUCGUAGAGUUGGAUCGGGUUCGCGACGUCAGGGACGGGGUGAUCAGCGAGUGUAUGAGGAAAAGGAAAGAUCGCGGAGAAGAGGUUGUGACACGUCGGUGACAAGUGCGAGCGGGCCAGGAAUAGGGACAUCGCGGCAUGCCGUGUACUCGCGGCGCAUCAUCGCGGCAAUUCGAUUCGAUACGCGCGAGUAACGUCAAGAAACGCGGCAGAGAAGAGUGGCAACGACGUGCGACAACGACGAGGACAACGACGACCACAAUCACGACAACGAGGACGAGGACGAGGAGGACGCUGCGUGUUUUAUCGCACAGCGAGACAACGGCAGCGUGGUGAAAAGCGAGACAAAGAGCAAGGUGCGAGAGAGAAAGAGUGAGAGGGAGAGAAAGUGAGAGAAAGAAAGAGAGGGCGAUCGAGUGGCGUUGGCGAGAGAUCAUCGUAGCGCGCUCUCUCUCUCUCUCUUUCUCUCUCUCUCUCGCGUGCGAGCGUACCGCUUCUCAAUCUCAGUUACGGGUAGCGCGUCGAUACGAGCUACCGGAGUGUUUCAAAGCGCGGCAGCGGCGGCCCAGGAUGCUGCCCGACGUAGCAAGAAGAUGGCCGUGAUCGGCGAAUGCAGGUAUCACGCGGCGAUCCGUGCGAACCCGUACACGGAGUUCUCGUGUCAUAGGGCCGAGGGUCAGGCCGAGACAGCGGUAACGUCGCCGUUGCCGUCACCCUCAUCCUCUUCGUUGUCGUCGUCGUCGUCGUCGUCAUUCUCGGCAUUGGCGCGCCGUCGACGGCACAGAAAGAAAGGCACAGCGGGUCACUCGCCGCUAUCGCCGCCACCGCUGCCACCGCCGCAACUUGCGAUGACGUCCUCGCGUGGAAGCGGCCUGGAGUCCGGCGAGUUUAGCGAUCCCGAUGACGAUUACCUGGACACGGAUCGGCUCUGGUACGAGCUGCGCAACAUAAAGAGCAUCAUCAAUGUCACGCGGCAGAAUAUCGACACUUUGAACAAUCGCUUUGCCGGCUUGAAACAUCCGCCUUCGAUUUAUCUGAAUGAAUAUCAGGAACUAACUAGUAAGUUGCACAAGCUCGAAUCUGAGGAACAGAAGCUUAACGAGUUGCUGAAUGCCAGGAGAAUCUGUAGUAAUGUUUCCAUAUCGGAAAGUGACAACAAUACAGCCAGAGGCCCUAGAACACCGGUAAAGUCCUUUAAUACACUGAGGGCGUAUCUACCUAAUCAGCAACGUACCAGCGUGCAAGUGAGAGAGGGACUUUCCUUGAGAGAUGCACUGGCCAAAGCGAUGAAGCUUCGAAAUCUUACUACUGAGAUGUGUGCAGUUUACGUUAUGGGCAUGGAUAGCUCCAAGCACUUGAUACGUUGGGAUGUGGACAUUUCAUUGUUGGAAUGUGACGAAAUACUGGUGGAGAUUUUGGAUAAGUUUCCCAUAACUACUUCCAUUUCGCACAAUUUUGUGCGUAAGACAUUUUUCUCGCUAGCCUUUUGCGAAUGUUGCAGAAAGUUACUUUUUCAAGGAUUUUAUUGCAGAACAUGUAAUUACAGAUUUCAUCAGAGAUGUGCGGGUGGUGUGCCUGCCCUAUGUCAUCAAGUACGCAUGCAGGAUGCUUACUAUCAAGCGUUACUCGCGCAUAAUCCAGAGACUACCAUUGGAAUCGUGCACAUUCCCUCUGAUUACAGAUUGGGUAGUAGUAUGUCCCCUUCUCUAGCUCCAUCGAGAAAUCAGAGGCAUCCACGUUCCUUGGGCCAACAAGACCGAUCUAGCUCAGCACCUAAUGUCUGCUUUAAUAUGGUUAAGCCAGGUGGUGAACCUAUCAAUCUAGAUGAGUAUAGUAGAUCUCAGAGUUUAGGAAGACCUGUCGGUACUAUUCAAAGUCCUGUGUCACCUGGCAGUAGUCCAACGAAGCAUAGUCAGUCUACGCAAGCUAGUCCCACAAAUACUUUAAGGCCGAAACGACCAAGAGCAAAGUCAGCCGACGAAUCUUCAAAGAAUCUCUUAGCGCCAAGGGAGUCUAUCGAGGAUUGGGAAAUCCCAGCAGAUGAGAUUCUAGUAGGACCACGUAUUGGAUCAGGAUCAUUUGGAACUGUAUAUAAGGCUCAUUGGCAUGGACCUGUUGCAGUGAAAACACUCAAUGUUAAAAUUCCUACAUCUGCACAGUUACAAGCAUUCAAAAAUGAGGUGGCUGUUUUACGUAAGACUCGACAUGUGAAUAUCUUGCUAUUUAUGGGUUGUGUCAGUAAACCACAGCUUGCGAUUGUGACACAAUGGUGCGAAGGCUCAUCUCUGUAUAAACACUUGCACGUAUUUGAGUCCAAAUUUGAACUACUAACAUUGAUAGAGAUUGGAAGACAAACUGCGCAAGGCAUGGACUAUUUGCACGCAAAGAACAUUAUUCACCGAGACUUGAAGAGCAACAAUAUAUUUCUACACGACGAUCUCACUGUUAAAAUCGGUGAUUUUGGUCUGGCAACGGCAAAAACUCGAUGGUCUGGUUCUCAACAGUUCCACCAGCCGACUGGCUCCAUUCUAUGGAUGGCACCAGAGGUGAUCAGAAUGCAAGAAGAAAAUCCGUAUAGUUUCCAGUCUGACGUUUAUGCGUUUGGUGUAGUGUUGUUCGAGUUACUAGCUGGCCAAUUACCAUACUCGCACAUAAACAACAAAGAUCAGAUAUUGUUUAUGGUAGGACGCGGUUAUUUGCGUCCCGACUUAGAUAAAUUGCGUUCUGAUACGCCGAAAGCACUCAAGAGACUCACAGAGGACUGCAUUAAGUUUUCGCGGGAUGAGCGACCAGUAUUUCGUCAGAUCCUGGUCAGUCUAGAGAGUCUUCUACGUGGUUUACCGAAGAUAACAAGAUCGGCUUCCGAACCAAAUCUCAACAGAACGCAACUGCAGUCCGAUGAUUUUCUAUACACCUGUGCUUCACCAAAAACUCCGGUGAACUUUCAAUUUGGACCAUUUUCCUUUUAUCCUCCCGGUGGAAAUAUAUAAAUGUAUCGGCUGACACAUUAUAAGUCUGAUGCACUUUGCAUAAAAGAAGUAUUUAAAAUAUUGAACAUAACGAUAUAAGCUUAACUCUAUGAACAAAUUAAUUCUUUCACACUUCACUUUCAUUGUAUUGCAAAUGUUUGCUCGAUGUGGAAUGUGAUAACAUUCUCUUUGGUAUAAAACAAAGGUCAAGAAAAAUAGGCCAUAUAUAUAUAUAUAUAUAUAUAUAUAUAUAUAUAUAUAUAUAUAUAUAUAUAUAUGUAAAAGGAAGAAAAAAGAGAAUGCAUGUGUAGCUUUUAUCUUUAGACAUUUACCGUUUACAGAAAUAAAUUUUCAUUUCAUUAGGUACGAUCAUUCAUGUAUUAUAAAUACAUACUCGUAUACACAUAUACAGCAGUGUACAUAUAUACAUAAAUAUACAUAUAUAUUAUUAUACGUGCAUGCACGUCAAUGUAGCGAUCUGUUGAUUUUGUGCGAUCCUUAUGAAGGAUGUAAAACUAAAUUAAGUCAUAAGAGUAAAACGGCAGUUAAGUCGUGCGUCGCUUAUCUGUGAGAUAGUUUUCCAAAGGCCGAAGUGAUUUUGUACUACUUCCUUGAUUUUGUCUCGAAUAUGCUCACACAUUUCACACAUAGUCAUUUAUGAUUAUUAUACAUAUAUCGACAUCGGUGCAGGUUGCUUUGUACAUAUAUUACAACAACGUAUAGAUUUCCAUUUAAGAAAAAAGUUAUAUUUCUAAAAGUAACACACAUGCAUACACAUACACAUAUACUCAUUAAUGAAACUACUUUAAAUAAGCUUGCUAAAUUACGGAUGUUGAUUCAAAAUGGACAGAGGUUCUUCAACAUUAAAAUGCUUUUAUCUUA